CUUGGUUUCGUUUUGCAUGAAGUAGAAAAGUUUAGGUCUGGGCUUCACAGGCUUCACUUCAGAUCAUAUGCUGUCAGGAUCUUCUUGCUGCUCAAAAUAAUUUGCAAAUUUUACAUUUGUAAAGGAAACAGCAGCACUUUGAAAGCAGUGAAUUUGACAUCUGUGAAGGAAACUACGGGCGUUUCUUUUUCCUGCAUCUCGUGUUUGGAAGCUUAAAAGUAGGAUUGAAGAAAGAUGGCUACAUUAACAUUUGAAGAUGAUUUAAUAACUCCAGGGGAGCUGGAACAUCUCAAAGAAUCCAUAUCCACACAGGAUCUCCCAACAGCAAUAAAAACGAUCAAAGAAGUACUUGAAAAACAGGAUCUUGUAGAACUUAACAUUGGUGUGACGGGGGAGUCUGGUUCUGGAAAGUCCACGUUUGUCAAUGCAUUCAGGGGUUUAGGGGAUGAAGAUGAGGGCUCUUCUAAAACUGGUCCUGUAGAAACCACUAUGGAGCCUGAAGUUUAUCCUCACCCAAAAUACAAAACUGUGAAAGUGUGGGAUCUUCCUGGCAUUGGAACACCAAACUUCAAAGCCGAUGAGUAUCUGAAACAGGUUGUGUUUGAACGCUAUGAUUUUUUCAUCAUCAUCGCUUCAGAUCGGUUCAGAGAAUGCCACAUCCAGCUGGCCAAAGAGAUCAUGAGAAUGGGGAAAAGGUUUUAUUUUGUGCGUUCAAAGAUUGACUCAAGCAUUGCUGCUGAGAAGAGGAAGAAGAGCUUUGACCAGAAAAAGACACUGGAUACCAUCCGAGAGGACUGUGAAAAUGGUCUGAGAAAGAUCGGUGUAGAGGAUCCUGUCGUGUUCCUGAUCUCUGGUUGGGAGCUCGGCAAGUAUGAUUUAAAUCAGCUGCAGGAGAGAAUGGAGCGAGAGCUUCCACAGCACAAGAGACGUGUGCUGAUGUUGGCUUUGCCGAAUAUCACACUGGAGAUUAAUGAGAAAAAAAAGAAAGUUCUACAGGAAAACAUUGGAAGAGUUGCCUUACUGUCUGCUUUGGUGGCUACGGUCCCAAUUCCUGGUCUUUCAGUUGCUGUAGAUGCAGCUCUCAUUGCAAAAGAACUAAAAAGAUACUACAAUGCAUUUGGCCUGGAUGAUCCAUCCCUACAGAAGCUCUGUAGAACAUCUGGGAAGACCAUAAAGGAAGUGAAGAGUCUGAUGAAGUCUCCUUUUCAUCAAGGGAUAAGCACAAGCUCAAUAUUAACCUUGCUGGGUGCUACAGCCCUUCUUAUAUCUGAAGAUGUUGUUGAGAUGUUUGUGAGCUUCAUACCCAUUAUUGGCUCUGUGGUGGCAGGAGGAAUGUCUUAUCUGACUGUCUCAAAUAUGCUAAAGAAAGCUCUGAACGACAUAGCUGAUGAUUCUAGGAAUGUGCUGAUGGCAUCAUUGGAGACUGAAGUGUAAAUGUGAAAAUGACAAGAAUAUUCAACCGCAUUUAUAGCUUAUUGCUUUUGGGGUAUUUAUAGACAAAAGCAAUUUUUCACAACUGAUACAAAAUAACCAAUAAGCAUUCAUGAUAUAGGUUUAUAUUCACAUUUACUUUAACAUAAACUGUAUUUUAUUAGUUGCUAAUUAGUAAAUAAUCCAAAGCAAUCCAUACAUUAGUGGGAGAAAAAAUCUAGAAGAAAAUAUUGUAAGAGUAGCUUUCUUGUCUGGCUCCUCCUGUACAGUUUCUGUAUUCAGUAUGGAAACGGGCUUCCAUAAAUGUAACAUUAAACAUGUUUAAUGAAUCAAUUAGGCUUCACAUUAUAAUGGUAAUUAAUGCAUUUUUUUGCAUACCUUGACUGAAUCUCCUUUAAACUUUUCUUUGCACAGCAGUGAAUUUCACAUCUGUGAAGGAAACAACAGCACUUGUCUUCCAAGUCUAAUAAUUCUUCCUGCGUCUCGUGCUCUGAAACAUAAAGCUGAGAUGGAAGAGUUAGUUUUUAGACCAUACCAAUUCAUCAUUUUAUUUUUUUGCAUUUUCUAUUUAUAAUGUACAUUUUAGAUUUAUGUCUACAUGUUUACUUUGCAGAAGCACUUUAAAGCAUGUGGGAAAAUCAUUUUACGAAACGUAACAAAUGAGUGUAUGAUUUAUAUAUUCAUACUGUAGUAUCAGUCAUUUCCCAAACAAUCUCGUAUGGGGAGUAUUAACAAUGAACCAGAAAAACUUGAAAUUUACAUGGAUGACCCCUUAGAAUUACAGAAACAAACAUUGCGCCAGUCCAAGCAGAAUAAAAAAGAAGAAAGGAGAAAUCAUCGAAGGCAAAGACAAGGAAGAGCUGGGAGAGCACCAGAGGAUUCUUUUUAAACUAAGGGAAAUUAUUUGAUUGAUUAGAAAGCAAGAAGAGAUAAAUAAGAGAAUAAUGGGAGAAUUAAUUGCUUUGAAUGAUUUUUAUCUUGAAUUAAAGUCUGUUGUGAAAGAUCUGGAAAUACUGAGACUUCAAACUGCUGCUCUUACCUCUAGUAGUUAUUAAAAUGGAUCUGGACAGAGGUGAGAACAGCUCAAACCAAGUGUUGCUUUUUUGAAGUAGUUGUAUUUGACACUCUGAGCAACUGAGCUGGAGUAAAGAUCACACAUAUCCUGUGCCUAAGAUUACCAUGGCAACCUUGGCCCUCCUCACAGAGAGUAAUAUGUGUGUGUGCAUGUAUUAACCAAUGCUUGACUUAUAUAGAAGUAAAAGGAGGAGACUUUUUGAUGUUUAUGCAAGACUAUAUAAGAUCAGUUUUUGAUCUUCCUCCUUGCCACAACUCAGGUGCAGACUUUCUCGCUGUCAUUUUGAAUUUAUUGCUUAUGAGUUAUUUGUUUUAAUAAACCGAAACCAUUUGGUGAUUUGUUUAAAACCUCUCAUAAA